GAAGAGCGCAAGCCGCGCAAGUCGGUCGCCUUCAGCGAGGGCACCACCAUCGUCGACAGCAACGGCCAGGUCACCGAGGCCACCGAGCAGCACGGCGACAAGUCGAGCGCCGAGAACCACUCUGCCGAAGGAGGUGUCGACGAGAUGACCGCCAUGUUCGAAGGCCUCGCCAAGAAGAAGAAGAAGUCGUCAUCCAAGAAGGAAAAGUCGGCCGACGACGCAGAGGCCCCCGCCGCCGACGCCGAAUUCGACCCCUCGGCCCUCAAGAAGAAGAAGAAGAAGGCCAAGAAGACCGAAGACGAUGACUUUGAGGCCAAGCUGGCCGAGGCCGGCGCCAACGAGGAGGCCAACGACGACGAGCCCGUCGUGCAACAAUCCACCAGCCAGGAGGGCGAUCUGGAAAAGGGAACCGGCAUCUGGCAGCACAGCAACACCACACCCAUCGAGUACCCCCUGCUGCUCACCCGCUUCUUCUCCCAGCUCAACCACCACAACCCCGAUCUUGCCUCUAGCGGCGGCAAGUCGUACAAGAUCCCUCCUCCUCAGUGCUUGCGCGAAGGAAACAAGAAGACCAUCUUCGCAAACAUUUCCGAAAUCUGCCGCCGCAUGAAGAGAACCGACGAGCACGUCACCCAGUUCCUCUUCUCCGAGUUGGGUACCUCUGGUUCCGUUGCUGGUCAGGGUCAACUUGUCAUCAAGGGUCGUUUCCAACAGAAGCAGCUGGAGAACGUUUUGAGAAGAUAUAUUGUCGAGUACGUAACUUGCAAGACCUGCCGCUCGCCGGAUACAGAGCUCAACAAGGGUGAGAACCGUCUUUACUUCGUCACCUGCAACUCGUGCGGUUCCAGACGUUCCGUUUCUGCCAUCAAGACUGGUUUCUCGGCCCAGAUCGGCAAGCGCAGAAGACAGCAAGCUUAA